UAUGUAAAUGAGCAGAGAACAGAUAAAAACACUCAUCAUGACGCACUGACGCCCCCUUUGUUAACGGUUGCCGGCAAGACUCGUUCUCAGCUGACAGCCUAUACUAUCCAGCAGAAUUCGCGCCAUCGGCAAGCGGUGAAAUGUCGGAAAAGCUACCCUUCAAAGUUGCUGACAUCGGCUUGGCGGACUGGGGGCGAAAGGCCAUUGAAAUAGCAGAAAAUGAGAUGCCGGGGCUGAUGAAGAUGAGGGAGAUGUAUGGGGAGUCCAAACCCCUGAAGGGUGCUCGCAUCGCCGGCUGCCUUCACAUGACUCUGCAAACCGCUGUGCUAAUCGAGACGCUGCAGGCGCUGGGCGCCGAGGUCCAAUGGUCAAGCUGCAAUAUUUUUUCCACUCAAGAUCAUGCUGCUGCUGCAAUUGCGAAAACUGGUAUUCCAGUUUAUGCUUGGAAAGGGGAGACCGAUGAGGAGUACCUCUGGUGCAUUGAACAGACCAUUAACUUCCAUGAUGGACAGCCACUGAACAUGAUCCUGGAUGAUGGCGGCGACCUAACCAGCCUUGUUCACAAGAAAUAUCCCAAGCUGCUUGCAGGCAUCAGAGGAAUCUCUGAAGAGACCACCACAGGAGUCCAUAAUCUGUACAAAAUGCUUAAAAGUGGAGAGCUGAAAAUUCCAGCCAUCAAUGUCAAUGAUUCAGUGACAAAGAGUAAAUUUGACAAUCUUUAUGGCUGCCGUGAAUCUCUGAUUGAUGGUAUCAAGCGAGCCACUGAUGUCAUGAUUGCCGGAAAAGUCGCUGUUGUCGCUGGUUAUGGGGAUGUUGGAAAAGGUUGUGUCCAGGCACUCCGUGCCUUUGGUGCCCGCGUCAUUGUCACAGAAAUUGAUCCAAUAAAUGCGCUGCAGGCUGCUAUGGAGGGUUAUGAAGUCACAACUAUGGAUGAAGCCUGCAAGGAAGGGAAUAUCUUUGUAACGACUACAGGCUGCAAGGACAUCAUUUGUGGAAGGCACUUUGAACAAAUGAAGGAUGACUCAAUUGUUUGCAACAUUGGCCACUUUGACGUUGAACUGGAUGUGAAGUGGUUGAAUCAAAAUGCCAUUGAGAAAGUGAAUGUCAAGCCUCAGGUGGAUCGAUAUAGGCUCAAGAAUGGCCACCACAUCAUCUUGCUAGCUGAAGGUCGUCUUGUGAACCUGGGAUGUGCUAUGGGUCACCCAAGCUUUGUGAUGAGCAACUCUUUUACCAAUCAGGUUCUGGCACAAAUUGAACUGUGGACCAAUCCAGACAAGUAUCCUCUGGGAGUCUAUUUCUUGCCAAAGAAGCUUGAUGAAGCUGUUGCUGCUGCCCACCUUGACAAACUGGGAGUCAAACUGACCAAACUUUCAAACAAGCAAGCAGAAUACCUGGGGCUGUCCAAAGAAGGCCCUUUCAAACCAGACCACUACAGAUACUAAUCUGGUUGAUGCAGACCUCAUUCAUGGCCCCAGCGAAGGGAUGAAACUCCAAAGAUUGUGCAAUUCAUUUCUGGAUUUUCAGACACCUGUGGAUGACAUCAUUCAGAUCACAGUGCCUGGAAACGCCUGUCUGCCUUCAAGGUCUUGUAACAUAUGGGCAGAAUGUUUUGGGCGGCCACAUACAAUCUUUUUCUGUCCUCGUCAUUCAUUAGCCAUUUGUUUUCUCUGCUGAUUUUACAGUUUGUCCAGUAGGUGACCAUGUCAAAGACCCCACAAUCCAGAAAUGAGUGUUCACUUUCUGUGUAUCCAUGCACUGUGUGCCCUCAGUCCAGCCCAGACCUCUUAGUUGAUCUAAGCUUUGCUGGAUGAAGAGAAACUGUUGCUAUAUGUGGUAACAUGAGCUCUAAAUAAACAACUGUUACAAAUGGA